CCGGAACCUGCGCACAUGGGCAGAACUUUGACAUUCCUGGGUCCAGUGCCAGUAGAGGGUGAGAAGCACCCAGGCUAGUCAGGAUGCAACCCCCAGAAGCAGGAUCGCACCCAGGCCUCAUACCUCAUGGGGCAGGCCAAGCCUUGGUCUACCCAGCAUGGCCAGCUCACAGCAUCCUCCCAGCCCCUUGGGCACCCGGGAGCAUUGUGGCACAGGAGCACAACUACUGCAGCUGGACAGACACUGAGGGCAGCAUGCAAAGAGUCCCCAGCUCACAGAGAGUGGGGCUGGCUUCAGUCAGAAGACGCCAGCAAAUGCAUCAGGGCUCAAAGCACAGAGCUAGUCAGGGACCCUGGGCCUCUGUGCCCCCUGGAAACACAGCAGCCAGAGUCUUCUGCAGUCCCCAGCCCGCCAGGGUGAAGAGGAGAGCAAAGGCUCAGGCUGUCCAGCCACUCCAGAUCCACGGUCUGUCCCUAGGCGAGUACCAGCAGCUGUUUCGCUCACUGGUAGAGCAAGAGUUGAAUCCAGCAGAGCCCCCAAGCCAGGGGCUAGAGCGGGGCCGCAGGAUCAAAGAGCAGCUGUUCUAUGCUGUGGGCUGCCCCCGCUACCGGCAACUGGAGAGGCCUGAUGGCCGUGUCCAAGUAGUGGAGUAUGUGCCCAGUGCUGGGCACAGGCAGGUCCCACCCCACUAUGACAUUGACACUGGGGAUGAGGGGCCACCUGGCACUGAAGAGGCCCCAGGCCCAGCUGAGCCUUCGCCGUAAAAGGCCAAUCCUGCUGGGCCCAGCCACAUCCAGGCAAACCUCUGUCAAUUACACUGUGAACCUGGCAUUAUGUGAUCUAUGUCCUGUCUGUUGUGCAGGGACCCAGGGGGAGCUGGGUUUGGGCCAAGCAAGGUCAUUGUUCCCAGCCCUGGGUUUCUCGGUUGACCCUAUGAUGCCUCCCCCAUGCUUUAUAAGUUUGGCGUAUGAAUAUAAAUAUGCAUAACUCAUAGCUGCUUUGAACAAAAUACCUCAUGUAACCUAUCCAUUUUAAUGUUGCAAUCUGCUGGAUCUGUAUAUUCUAUUUUGAAGCAUGUAUCAUCCUCGUAUGUGAUGUUAGAAAUAUGAAGGUGCCUAUCCCCCUCCAAGCCUUAACAACUUGAUGCUC